AUGGCAUCGGUGUCACCACCAAAACCGUGGGAAAUGGCAGGUGCUGCCACUGGUAACGCAUUGUCAUCUGUGCCCACUGCUGGUAGUCCUGUUGCUUCCACUGCGAUGACUACUACCAACCCCUCUGCGGGCAACCCCGCAACCGUCUCAACCGCACCCGAUUUACCCUCCCGCCCCAGCACUCUCAACUCCGUUGUCAACAAUAACGCCUCCAACUACUCUCCAUAUGGUGCGUCUCGCUUAGGCGCCAGCCCUUACGGUGGGCUUGGUGGCAUGGGCUCAUACUCCUCACCAUACUCCCGCUUCGGCAGUAUGGGCUCCAUGUACGGAGGGGGCUAUGGCGGCUAUGGUGGUAUGGGAGGCAUGUACGGCGGCAUGGGUGGUAUGGGAGGCAUGUAUGGUGGCAUGCCUGGGCAGGACCCGAAUGAUCCCAACAGCUUGACGAACUCUUUUAGUCAGAGCACCCAGGCCACGUUCCAGAUGAUUGAAAGCAUCGUCGGAGCAUUUGGAGGCUUUGCUCAGAUGCUGGAAAGCACUUAUAUGGCUACUCACAGUUCAUUCUUCGCAAUGAUUUCGGUCGCAGAGCAACUCGGCACAUUGCGAAACACCCUCGGCUCGGCGCUGGGGAUUUUCACAAUCAUUCGGUGGUUCCGCACAUUAAUCGCCAAACUCACCGGCCGCCCUCCCCCAGCGGACGCUACUUCGCUGACUCCUGCGGCUUUCGCUGCGUUUAUGGGCGGGCGAUCUGCCCCCACUACUCUCCCUGAUGGCUCACCCGCCCCUGUCAAGCCAUCAAAGAAGCCGUUCUUCAUGUUCCUCGUGGCUGUGUUCGGUCUUCCCUACCUCAUGAGCAAGCUCAUUAAGGCUCUCGCCCGGUCGCAGGAAGCAGAGGCCAAGCGCCGACAGCAACUUGUUGGCCCCAACGGCGAGCCAAUGUCCGCCUCGCUCGAUCCUACCAAGCUGGACUUCUGCCGUGUCCUAUACGACUACUCACCCGAGACCCAGGAGAGCAACGGUAUCGAUUUGGCUGUGAAGAAGGGCGACAUUGUUGCUGUUCUCAGCAAAUCCGACCCCACAGGCAAUGCCUCGGAAUGGUGGCGAUGCCGUGCUCGUGACGGACGUGUCGGCUACCUGCCUGGUCCAUACCUGGAGACUAUCCAGCGACGACCCUCCCAAGCAGCCAUCACCUCUGGCAGUGAGAUGGCCACCUCUCCCAACGCCGGUCGCACACAAAGCCUCUCGGCACUCUCCAAGCCCUCUGGCGACCAGCCACCCGAGCUAAAGGGCAAGAUGGGCGAUAUCUCGCCCGAGAGCUUCCAGAAGAGCACCUUCUACUCGUGA